AUGAAAGAUAUAGUGUCUGCCACUAACAACUUUGAUCCCAACAACCUAAUUGGCCGUGGUGGGUUUGGAUGUGUGUAUAAAGGAGAACUCUCAUUCCCAGAGGGACAAAUCUUGGUUGCUUUUAAGCAAUUAGAUCGUAGGCUUGGGCAAGGGAAGAAUGAGUUUUGGAAAGAGAUUAUGAUGCUUUCCAAAUACAAACAUGAAAAUUUGAUCUCCCUCUUACACUUUUGCAUUGAGGGUGAUGAAAUGAUUCUUGUGUAUGAAUAUGCUUCUCGUGGAAGCCUCGAUAGAUACUUAAGUGAUAUUAGUCUCACAUGGAUCCAACGGUUGAAGAUAUGUGUUGGGGCUGCACGUGGGCUAAGUUUCUUACAUGAUCCUGUGGAGACACAACAAAGACUUAUCCAUCGAGACAUCAAAAGUGCAAACAUCCUUCUCGAUGAGAACUGGACGGCAAAAAUUUCUGAUUUUGGCCUGUCAAAAGUUGGCCCUGCUAACCAAGCACAAACAUAUCUUAUCUCUAAUGCUGUUGGAACGCAUGGGUAUUGUGAUCCAUUGUAUUGGGAGACGGGUUUCCUAUCAAAAGAAUCUGACGUGUACUCUUUUGGUGUGGUGUUGUUUGAGAUAUUAUGUGGUAGAUUAUGCUUUGAGUAUCAUAAUGGUGAACUAAGUAACAUAUUAGUGCCUAAAUGGAGACGAUGCUAUGAUGAAAAGAGUUUAGAAGAGAUUAUCCUUGAAGGUCUAAAAGAACAAAUGGAACCAGGUUCUUUGAGUUCCUUUUCAGCCAUUGCCUAUUGA